AUGAGUGUGCCUGAGCAGGCCCCUACCCCCUCGCAGCUAGCCGCGCGACAAGUAAUGCCUCGUGAUUUACCUGUGUUCACCGGUGACCCCGCGGACUGGCCGAUAUUCAUAAGUGCGUUUGAAAACACAACCGUCACGUGUGGGUACUCUAAAGUGGAAAACUUGACAAGACUAAAGCGAUGUUUAAGAUGUGCAGCCUACGAAUCAGUCAGAAGUCGUCUCCUGUUGCCAGAAUCCGUGCCUCAAGUUAUCAGUACUCUGCUACUUCUUUAUGGACGCCCGGAGCUGCUAAUUAGUGUGCUAUUAGAAAAGAUGCGCUCAACUCCAGCACCAAAGGCCGAGAAGCUCGAGACUCUAAGUCUAAUGGAAUUCGGAAUGGUCGUGCAAAGUUUAUGCGACCAUCUUCAAGCAGUUGGACAACAGUCCCAUCUAACAAAUCCUUAUCUGUUGAUGAAGCUGGUGGAAAAGCUUCCGGCACACGUCAAGAUGGAUUGGGCCAACUACAUGCAACGACAUGUGGAAGUGAACUUGAAAACGUUUGGAGACUUCAUGAGUGAAAUUGUGAUAUCAGCAAGCAAGGUGACGCUGUACUCUGGAGGGUAUGGUAAAAGCGGUUCCACAGAUAGGACGAAAAUUAAACCCAGAAGUUCAAUGAAUGCUCAUUUGGUUAGACCGGAACAUCCGAAACAAGAAGAGAAGUGUUGUGUUGUAUGUGAGGAGCGUGGACAUUAUGCUCGAGACUGCGACGUUUUUCGAGCUUUUUCUGUCGAUGACCGUUGGAAAACGGUACAAUUCCACGAGUUAUGUCGCAGUUGUUUAAAUGCUCACGGAAGAAGGAGCUGUCGCAACGCGCGCCAGUAUGGAAUCAACGGUUGUACUUAUCGACACCAUCGUUUGCUGCAUUCAAAUAGCAGUAGUCAACCCACAGCAGAAACAAGUGCGCGAAACAUCGAAUCGGCUGGGAGCCAUACGCACCGUUUAAUGGAACAUCCAUUGCUCUUUCGUAUUUUGCCAAUUACACUUCAUGGACCUUCUAAGACUGUAGAUACGUACGCGUUCCUAGACGAUGGAUCGCAUCUCACGCUUCUAGAAGAACAACUCGCCAAGGAACUCGGAGUUAGGGGUAGAAGUAUGCCUCUCUGUCUCACGUGGACAGGAAAUGUUUCACGCGUAGAAGCCAACUCGAAACAGUUGCAUCUUGAGGUGUCUGGGGCAAAGCAAAGAAACCUUCUAAAAUUGAACGACGUUCGCACAGUGGAGAGCCUUGCACUGCCUGGUCAAACCUUACGAAUUGAGUCUCUUAGAAAUUCAGUCACAAUUAGGUUGCUGCAACCAGUUUCACUUGACUUGUGCUACUUGGGUAAUGCGAUCCCUCGUUUACUAAUUGGAGUGAAAAAUCUGCACGUAACAGUUCCAUUAAAAGUGAAAGAAGGUGAAACAAAUGGACCAGUGGCCGUCAAAACUCGACUGGGAUGGUGUGUGUAUGGUGGAGGAAGUAAUCCAUCGUCAACGUCACUCAACAUUCACACAUGUGAGUGUAACAACGAUCGGGACCUCCACGAGAUGGUGAAGAACUAUUUCACUCUGGAAGAUGUCAGAUCAAGCUCAACCGAACCAUUGAUCGCAGCGGAGGACAAGAGAGCUCUCGAAAUUCUACAGAGAACAACUGUUCGCAUUGGCGAUAGAUUUGAGACGGGGUUAUUGUGGAAACAAGACGAUAUCGAGUUCCCUGAGAGUUACAGCAUGGCAAUUCGUAGACUUGAAUGUUUGGAACGUCGAAUGGGGAAGAACGCCUUUCUGAAAGAAAAUUUGUGUCGGCAAGUAGCAGAAUAUCAGCAGAAGGGAUAUGCUCACAGGAUCAGUGACAAAGACAUGCAGACAGCUGAUCUCAAACGGGUUUGGUACUUGCCACUCGGGUCGGUGGUUAACCCGAAGAAGCCAGAGAUAGUUCGUCUGAUUUGGGAUGCAGUGGCCAUGGUCGAUGGAAUUUCUCUCAACUUAAUGCUCCUGAAGGGUCCAGAUCAGUUAGCAUUCUUAACAGGGGUGUUAUUCCGGUUUCGCCAGUACGCUGUAGCGGUAACGGCGGACAUCAAAGAGAUGUUCCACCAAAUAAGGAUUCGAGAAAUCGAUCGGCACUCGCAGAGAUUCUUGUGGCGCGAUGAUCCCGCAAAGUCAGCUGAGGUAUUUGUAAUGGACGUCGCUACAUUUGGGUCAUCUUGUUCGCCUUCGUCAGCCCAGUAUGUUAAGAACAAGAACGCCAAAAAAUUCCCGAUUGCUGCAAAGGAAAUUGUCGAGAAUACAUACGUAGACGACUAUUUAGCUAGUUUCUCGUCAGAAGCCGACGCAGCAGACACGGUUGUACAAGUUAAAGCGAUUCAACGAGAAGGUGGCUUUUUAUUGAGGAAUUGGCAAUCUAACAGCGGCCAUGUAAUGCAGUGUUUAGGAGAACCGUUGGAGAAAGGAAAAAGACAUCUAUUUCACGACAAAAGUCAAAAUUUUGAGCGAGUCCUAGAACUCGACUAUCGGAAGGUGCAAAUACACGUGUUCGUGGACGCAAGCGAAGCAGCCUACGCGACAGUAGCGUACUUCAGGAUUGUAGAUAUAAAUGGAGUAGUACGUUGUGCGUUGGUGUCAGCAAAAACUAAAGUGGCGCCACUGAAGCCGUUGUCUGUAACACGACUGGAGCUGCAGGCUGCGGUUCUUGGGACUAGAUUAAUGCGAUACGUGGGUAAUCUGAAGAGAAAGCGUCUUGGUGUCGCGAUGGUUGAUAGUUUCCUCACACAAGAAGAGUUAAGGAAAGCCGAAGUAACGUUAAUCGGGGAAGCUCAGUGGCAAGAAUUUCCAACAGAAAUGACGAUACUUCUUCGCAAUCGGAACUGCUCAGAAACGGAGAAGAGAAAUCUCGAUCCACGUAGCACAUUACACCAGUUAACGCCGUACAUUGACGACAAUGGAAUUCUACGAUUGGACGGACGAAUAAAAGCGGUACAUAAUGUGUGCAACGACACGAAAUUUCCGGUGAUUCUUCCAAGGAAACAUCCGCUCACCGAACUUAUGGUGGAACAGUAUCAUCGGAUGUUCCAACGCCACGACUCAGGACAGUAG